AUGACAGAAAAUUGUGAAGAUGAUAAAAGUCAUGUGAUGUGUGUGUGUAAGCAAUCAAUAUCGAAACUAGAUUGGCAGGAUCAUCAAAUUGUAUGCGCAAAAAGAAGAUAUAUGUGUCCCGCAUUUGCUGCCUUUAUUAACUGUAACCCUGAUAAAGGUUUAUUACCACCAUUGGUUGAUUCAAAUUGUCCUCUUUCAUUAAAAGAAAUCGCAAAAUUACAAAAAUUCAGUCGAACGGAAUGGUUGAAAUCGAAAACCAUUCCCUUUAAAAUCAUAAACACUUUAACAAGAGAAUGUCCGAUAUUUGGAAGUAAACAAGAAUUAAUAAACCACAUCGAGAAAUCCUGUCCAUAUUGGAAAGUAAAAUGCUUAGAGGUACCUAAAGCGCAUUUUUGGAAUUCUCAUGAUGAUUGUUCAUUUGACAUGGAAUUUUCAAUCCAAGAAUUCAUAUCUCACUCCAAAGAGUCGGCACUUGAUCCAAUAAGUCAAAGAAUUCGAGUAAUUUCAAAGAUAUUUCCUUAUUAUUGUAAGAGAUGUGAUCACCAUUUUCCAUCUUCGGGUUCUCAUAUAUGUAUUAAAGAAACCAAUUUUAUGAAUACACAAAAUCAAGAGAUAUUAUGUCCAAGUUGUAAAUCAAUAAUCUCUGUAAAUUCCUCCAAAGAAAUUGAAAAUACAUGUGACGUACAAAAUGUACAAAAAUAUGGUAGUACUACUUUCUAA